AUGGCUUCUGCAGUCUGGGGGAACGCUCCCUGGUGGGGCCCACCGCCCCCAGCCCCAGCCCGGCCGCUCACAGACAUCGACUUCUGCUCUGGAGCGCAGCUGCAAGAACUAACCCAGCUGAUCCAGGAGCUGGGUGUGCAGGAGAGUUGGAGUGAUGGGCCCAAGCCAGGACCAGAUCUCCUCCAGGCCAAGGAUUUUGUGUUCUCUUUGCUUAGUCUCAUUCACCGCAGGGACCCUCGCUUUCCUCCCCAGACAGAGCUCCUGCUGCUUCGUGGUGGGAUUCGAGAGGGGUCCCUGGAUUUGGGGCCUGCACCUCUUGGUCCCUACACGCGGGGACCUCACUACGAUGCUGGCUUCACACUCCUGGUGCCCGUGUUUUCUUUAGAUGGCACUGGGCAGGAGCUGCAACUGGACAUGAGAUCCUGUUAUGCAUGGCUCUGCCUCCCAGAGCAGGUACGCGGAACCUCGGUCCGGGAAGCAUGGCAGGAUUGCCUAGGACCCCCAGUCCCAGAAGGAUGUAAUUGGAUCCACCCAACUGAUAGCAGAGAGAGUCCCCAGGACCCGCAAAGCUCCGUGGACCAGCCACACGGUGACAUCACUGAGCCUGAGGCACACGAGUCUUUGAAAAAAUCACCUAGUAAUGUUUCAGUGCCGGAGUCACCCCAGCAAAACCUAACCGAUAUUGGCUUUCCCUCACCAUCGGAAGAAACGAAUGAUGACGUCACCAAAGCAACCGAUGUUAGCCCAGCGCCACAGCCGUCGGAGGCUCGAGAGGCAUGGCCCACAUUGUGCCCCGCCCAGGUGGCUGCUUGGUUCUUUGCUUCGCUGGCUGCGGUCGCUGAGUCCCUAUUCCCGGUCCCGGGUGCCCCGCGCUUGGUCCACGCAGCCCGCCACGCAGGGUUCACUACCAUCCUCCUGGCUACGCCCGGGCCCCCGCGCCGCCUCCUGCUUUUCGACCUGAUCCCGGUGGUGUCUGUGGCCGGCUGGCCCCAGGGGGCUCGGAGCCACUCGUGGGCCGGCCCGCUGGCCUCGGAGUCGUCCUCCUUCUACCUGGUGCCCGGCGGCGGCGGCGGCCGAACCGAGCGGCCGGGCGCCUCCGGCUGGCAGCUCUGCUUCGCCCGCCAGGAGCUGGCGCUCAAGGCGCGCAUACCCGCUCCGCUGCUGCAAGCUCACGCGGCGGCCCAGGCGCUGCUGCGCCCGCUGGUGGCGGGGACCCGGGCCGCGGCGCCCUACCUCCUGCGGACGUUGCUCUACUGGGCGUGCGAGCGGCUGCCCGCGCUCUAUCUGGCGCGGCCCGAAAAUGCGGGCGCCUGCUGCCUCGGGCUGCUGGAUGAGCUGGGCCGAGUACUCGAGGCGCGGACGCUUCCCCACUAUUUUCUGAGUGGCCAAAAGCUCCGUGCGGGGGACGGCGCCGCUUCGCUGCUCGGGGCGUUGGCCCUGCUUCGCGGGGACCCUGCUCGGGCCCUGCGCGCCGCUGUGGAGGAGGCCAAGGUUGCGCGUAAGGGGGGCGGCUUAGCCGGCGUGGGAGCCGGGUCGCAUUAA